AUGAUUAUCUAAAAAGGAAAUAAAAUUUAGAUUGAUAAUCCUAAUGAAGAAUUAGAUAAAGAAGUUUUAUAAAAUUGCAAAACUCAUGAAGCCUUUUUUAGAUCAUAUUGCACAUUUUGUUAUCCUUCUAAGGACCCUGAAGAAUUUUAUUGUUAAAGUGACCAAGAGAAACCCAUUAAUUACUUUAUAUUAGAUUUUCAAGAAAAUAAAUAUUUAGAUAAUCAACUCUAUAAUGCAGGGAUAUCAAGUUAUGAUCAAUUUCUACAUAAAGAUUAAAUAGCUAAUCUGAAAAAUAAACAAGGGACUGAUCCUAAAGAUAUUGCAAUUUAAUUAGGAUUGUAUACAUAAUAAGAUGUGGAAGAAUUAAUAGAUAGAGCUGUAUAAGAAAAUUGGUAGGAUUUAUAAGAAUUCUCUGUCACUGUUGAUUUCUGGGAAAUUAGUCAAACCAAGACAUUUUUUAAUAGAGCUGAGCAAAUUUUAGAAUAUUUAAAUCUCCAUAAUUCUAUCAUUAUUUAUCCUUCAAAAAGAGCCUAAUUUAUUAAGAUGUUAGAAAUAAACUAGAAGUAAGCCUCAAGAUUCUUGGCAUCCUUUUAAAUUAUAGAUUAAUAGGCUAGCUAAUUGAAAUCAGACACAAUUUAAAUUUAAAGAAAAAGUUCACUUCCUGAAUAUGCUGAUGGUUAAUAGAAAAGGAUUCUAAAUAGCUUAUUAAAGACAACAUAAUAUUUCCCAUUUGGUGGAGAAAUUGUAUACUUUACAGAUGAUUAUAAAGAUUUAUAAACUAUUGCUUUCAAAUUUGGUAAAUAAUCGACUCCUUUCAAUAUUUAUUGUGAUCCAAAAGAUAUUGAUAAAUAUUAUAAUGUAGCAGGUUUAUCAGGGGGUAAAGUUUAUUCAUACUUUUCAGAAGAAAAGAGAUAAAUAACACAUAAAUUAAGAGCUAUAAUAUCAAAUAAUUAUAUAUUUACAGAAUCAUAAACUAAUAAGUUUGAAAAGUUCUAUACAGAUAUAAAUUUUCCAAUUGAUUUGGAUUAUGAAUUAAAAGACCCUACUAAUGAUAAUCCUGGUGGUUGUUUGUAAGUAAUAUUAGAAGAUGAUGAUGGUUAUUAUGUUGAAUAAAAGAUCAUUUAAAUGAAUUCUAAUGAUGAUCUACAUGAACCAAGUGUGUCAUUAAGUUAAGAAACAUUGAAUUUAACAGAUUUACCAAAAGAGUGA